CUUCCCUCGUGCACCUCUUCCUUCUCUCUCUCUCCCCUGCCUUACCCCGGUCUCGACCAUCUGCAAGAUGCGAAUUCGCUAUCCUUUUGCAGGCGCCUUCAUCUUCCUCUUCUUCCUAGCCGGCUACAUCGGUCUCCUCCCGCACAGCGAAAACCCCAGCAUCCCCGCCCAAUACCACCCCAAUGACAAGCUCCUCCACGCCGUCACCUUCUUCCUCCUCUCGCUAGUCUUCUACUGGAUCCCAGACACCACCCGACGCCGCACCCUGCACCUGACGCUCCUCGUCUGCACCCUCGGGCUGGGCAUCGGCUCCGAGAUCGUCCAAGGCGCCCUCCCCAUCGGCCGCGACUUCGACCCGUUCGAUCUCCUCGCCAACCUCGUCGGCAGUCUCGGCGCAGUCGGUCUCUGCAGCUGGUACCACCGGCGCAUGCUCGAGCGGCGACGCAAGGCUCGCUUCGGCGCCUACGGUGACGGCGCCGCGGACGAUGUCGAGCUUGGUGUCCCCCACGGCGACGACGGCGACGACGACGACGACCAUCUAGGCCCGCAGGAAACAGGCGUGACUACCCUCGAGCGCGAAGUCGACAAUUGGGACGAGAACGCCGUCGAUAACUGGGAUGAUGCCGAUGAUGAGCCUGACCGUGCUGCCUCCGCUUCUUCCAAGAGGCCUUCUCCUCCGGCCUAUACACCUUCCCCGGGUGUGGCAUCACCGGGUCCUCAUGGCGAGGAGGCCGAAGGAAAGAGGAACGAUUAAUUUAUGAUUUGAAUUAUGUCGGUGCAGUGUGUCUACGAUUGUCUGGUCUAGUAUAUUAUAUUAGGUAGGAUCUACCUAUCAUCCGGCGUCACCGUCGGUACCUGGAUGUGCCCAGUCAGCAGGUACAGGAACAAGCGACCCAAUCCGAUAGCUCCGGUGCGCCUUGUCAUGAUGAUUGUUUUCAUUUUCCUUAUUGUCUCCCUUGUGAUGUCGUAUGAUUCCUGUUUCUUUUAAUUCGAGCCGUGUCAACACCACCAUGAUGUUUAAUUAUUCAAUGGAAAGAUGAUAAAAUAAAC